CCAUUCAAUAAUCCGUCUAAUUGCACGGUUGAAAACCUACAUUUCAGCUUCAGGUAUUCCAAAUUUGGUGGUAGAUUUUUACCCGAGAUUACCGAAUUCUCAAAACUCAUACUCUUGUGGUUAAUCUGGAGUUUGAGCAGUGUCAGGUUUGUGACACUCGGACAAUUCUGGAUCGCCGAAUGGACGGUCUCGGGUGUUAUCAUGUCGAAGGUUAGGUCCUUCAACUUUUUCCCGCCAGAGGAGCGUAUGAUUUUCGCGGGAGUUCUUUGGUAUUUAGACGAAUUGGCGAUGUAUAAUCUUGUUAGAUUGAAUUUGAUCUUGCACCACAAGUCAUCUUCAUUAUCAUCGACGACCGUCAACCCUCGACAAUUUACAAAGGAUAGGUUUUCGAGAUUGGUGCAAUGUGUUAGAGAGAGUAGCGAUGCCGUGGUCAUGAUGACAUUCUCAAAUUUGACCGUCUUCAAAGUUGGAGCUUGG